CGGAAGUUUGUGAGUAUUAUUAUCGGUCCUCCUGGAAAGAGAAUGCGUAAGUUUUACGCAUUGCUAUAAUGUUAAUGACGGAAUGGUAGCGGAUGUAUUCAGGAACUGAAUCGUCAUACAUCAUCAUGAUUCCACUCCAGUGGAAAUAUCUAAACCGGCGUAAAAACAUCCUGCGUAUUGGCCAUUGAGACAUUCGGGAGCCAAAGGACAGAUGCCCGCGCUUCUUUUUGAAUGACAAUAAUCGCUACUUGUGUCAGUGCUGAAACGGUGGUACACAUCUGAUUGCUUGUGGCCACGAUGAAUUCCUCUAAUUUGUUUGGUAAACAGCAAGGGGGCGCGUUUCAGGCCCCCAAUAACGCCAACCGCAGCACGGGGCUUUUCCAGUCUUUCGGGCAACCGGGAGCAAGCAGCGCGCCACAGAAUGUUCCGUUCGGACAGACUGCAACAUUCGGACAGACUUCAGCCUUUAGCCAGACCUCGGGUUUUGGACAGGGCGCGGGUCAGACGUCUAUUUUUGGUCAGACUCCUGCCUUUGGACAGAGCUCUGUGUUUGGGCAGAAUACCGGGCUUGGGCAAAGUUCUGGACAGGCCUCAGCCUUCUUACCAAGUUCCAUGAAUCAGACCUCAGCGUUCGGUCAGCCUGCUCUGGGACAGAGCAGCUCGGGAUUCGGUGCACCACCAUCUUACGCACAGUCAACUGGUCAGAGUCAGAGCUUAGUGUUUGGUCAAGCACCUGCCUUUGGGCAAACCUCAGCGUUUGGACAAUCCUCGGGUUUUUCUCAGCAGACACCUGGAUUUGGGUUGUCUUCUAGUAUCUCUCAGGCAUCUUCUGGUUCCACAGCUGGCUCUGGACCGGGUCAGUCUAUAACCUUCGGCCAGUCUUUUGGACAGUCAUCUGCAUUUUCUCUGCCAGCUGCUACAUCAGGCUCAUCUCUGGGCACGCAAAGUGUCGUACAGAGCCGUGGAUUUGGAACAUCAGAGUUCAGCUUCAAGCCAUCAGAUGAGGCUGUGUUCAAACCCAUCUUCAGUGUGAGCCCGGAGCCAGCGAACUCCCAGCCUGCUCCAGGCUCAGAGCCCUUCGGCUCGGCCCCGCCCCCUUCCACCAGCAUGGAAAGCAGCGGACCGGCCCCUUCUGGCUUCUCCCUGAUGACGGGCGACACUCCCAGCGCCCUGGGCUUCAGCUUCUCUCAGCCAGCGGCAGCUCCCUCCAUCUCUGUUCCCAGCACUGGCCUCCCUCAUAAGGACCUGCUUCCUGGAACCACCAGCAGCGCCAGUGGCAAGCCGGAGUUCACCUUCUCGCAGCCGGCAGCACCUUCCAACAGUGGAGCCAGCCUGUCCCAGCCAGCCACCGUCCCCAGCAGCCCCUCCUCAUUCAGCUUCUCGGCUAAAGUUCUCCAACCCCCCGUUGGACCUCCCAUGUCUCUGUUCGGGGUUGGAAGCUUUGGCCAGACAUCAGCGUUCGGGGAUCCGAAGGCAAAGGUGGAGCCGGCGCCCGGAACAGUGGAGAAGGGAGGGGAUGAGGAGAGCUCGGGGGAGGCGGCAUUCGGGACCCUAGGGAAAGGGAUCAAGAGGAAGGAGGAGCCAGCGGAGCAGACCGCUGCUCAGGGGAGCCCUGCCAAGGCGGAAGAACCCCAGACAGAGGGCGACACCCCCAGGCACCCCCCAAAGCGGCCACUGCUUAGGUCCCGCGGGCCAGCAGGUGGGCUGUUCCGCAAUGCCAUGAGCAGCCUGAUGAGGUCAUCGGCUCACCCUGUGAAGAAGGAGCCCAAGAAGGAGGAGUCGCCGCCCGAGUGGGGGGAGGCAGAGAAAGCCGACCCUGUGCCACAGACCACCCACACUCCCGCAACCCCACCCAGAGCACCGGCCCCCACCAGAGAAUUCAUCGAAAAGGAGGAAGAAACAGCGACGGACCCCGAGGCUAAGACCCCAGCGAGGCACUCCCGGCGGGGCGAGAGCACGGACAGCCUGGGAGGCACGUCGCCCGCCGACGCCACCGCCAUCCAGUGCAAGAACGUCCCCGCCCACCUCAACAAGAAGGAUGUCAUCGAGAAGCACUUCAGCCGCUUCGGCAAAGUGUCCAAAGUGUUCUGCAGGCCCAACAAGAGCCUGGCCAUCGUGCACUUCCACGACCAUGCAUCAGCAGCCAAGGCGAAGAAAAAGGGCAAGUCCUUGCACAGGCAUGAGAUUGUGAUAUUCUGGCAGAGGAAGAAGCAGAGUCCUGGAGAGAAGGGGGAGAGACCUCCUGAGGGAAAGGAGCUGGAGGUAGAGCCAGAAGACUCAGGAGGCGGGGGCUUCCAAUCCUCUCCACUCCGCAAGCCCCUCCCCAGGUCCCCAGCCAUCAGCAGCAGUGCCACCUUAGCCAAAGGUGCCCCGAUCAAGAAAUCUACCAUUAUGAAGUCCCUGCAGUUCGACAGUGAGCCACAGCCGGAGCCCAGCUCCGAAGGGCAGGGUUCAGACCGGCCGGCCGCCAGCCUGCCGUCCUCUCUCCUGCACCUGGUGGGCCAGGUGGCGGAGACGGCGGAGGAGAAGUACCGCCUGCUGGAGCAGAGGGAUAAGAUCCUGCGGCAGGGGAGGCCGAAGAGAACAGACCUGGACAUGUCCAAAGUGUUCGUGGGGACGUGUCCUGACAUGUGCCCCGAGAAGGAGCGCUACAUGAGGGAAACGCGUAACCAGCUCAGCUCCUACGAGGUCAUCCCCGACACGGAAAAGGUGGACCACGCGGCAGCCAUUAAGGAGUACAGCAGGUCGUCAGCUGACCAGGAGGAGCCCCUCCCCCACGAGCUGAGGCCCCUCCCUGUGCUCAGCAUGACCAUGGACUACCUGGUCACACAGAUCAUGGACCAGGGUGAGGACAACUACCGCGACUGGUACGACUUUGUGUGGAACAGGACACGAGGCAUCCGGAAGGACAUCACCCAGCAGCACCUGUGCGACCCGCUCACGGUGUCCCUGAUCGAGAAGUGCACCCGCUUCCACAUCCACUGCGCCCACCACCUGUGCCAGGAGCCCAUGAUGUCCUUCGACGCCAAGAUCAACAACGAGAACAUGACCAAGUGCCUGCAGAGCCUCAAGGAGAUGUACCAGGACCUGGCCACCAGGGAGGUCUACUGCCCCCGUGAGGCCGAGUUCCGCCAGUACAACGUGCUGCUCAAGCUCAACGACGGGGACAUUCUGCGGGAGGUGCAGCAGUUUCGUGAGGCGGUGCGGAACUCCCCUGAGGUGAAGUUCGCCGUGCAGGCCUUCGCGGCUCUCAACAACAACAACUUUGUGCGGUUCUUCAAGCUGGUGCGAGCAGCCACGUACCUGGCUGGCUGUAUCCUGCACCGCUACUUCAACCAGGUGAGACGGGAGGCCUUGAGGGCCUUGAAUGUGGCCUACACCGUGGGCUCUCACAGAUCCACCAGCUUCCCAGUGGACGACCUGGUCAGGAUGCUGAUGUUCCGCAGUGUGGGCGAGGCCACGGACUUCGCCCAGCAGUACGGGCUGACCGUGUGUGACGGGAUAGUGGAGCUGAACCGUACCGCGUUCCAGGACCCUGACCUCCCGGUGCCUCUGAGGAAGUCUGUGGACAUCAUGGGGAAGAGAACAGUGCUGAUUGGAGAGGUGGUGAACGGGGGCCCCCUGCCCAACCCGCCUCAACACACCCCUGUCUGCAGCUUCGACUCCCGCCACAAGUACCGAGGCGAGGGGCCCCUCACAGACCCAACCGCUCUCCAAAGGGGGGCUCCACUGGGAGCCGUUCCGCAGAAGCCGGAGGCCAGGCCACAGACAGAGCUGCGGCCUCUGAUGGACCUGGAGGUGAGACCGCCAAUCAAAUCCAAGCCCGUACCAGAGCUGAAAGGGCUGGAGGAUCCAGGGGAGCUGCCUGAGCAGGUCGCGACCUCUGACCCCCAGCAGCUGUUCCAGUCCAUCGCACCACCUCAGCCCACACGGCCCCCGUCGCCGCCGCCCAAACCUGAACCUGUCUACACUGACCAGGACAUCACAGCGCAGGUGGAGUCUGUGGUGGAGGAAGUGCUGGAGGCGGAGUGCUCUGAGCUGGCCAGCACAGCAGCUGAAUACGUCUCCACUGCCCUGGGUAUGAGUGAUGGCCAGGUGGAGGCGCUGGUUAGUGAAGUGCUGGAGCAGAUGCUGAAAGAGGUCUCUGCAGCCGAGAUCCAGGCAGAAAAGGAGAGGAUCGCGGAGGAAAAGCGCAAGAUGGAGGAGGCCAGACGAAAGCAGGAGCACGAGGCGUUCCUGGCUCAGUUCAGCGAGUCCCUCUGUUCUGAGAUCAGCCAGGAGGUCCUGACAGAAUGCAUCAGAGACACCGCCGCAUCAGAGAUUGAGCAUGCACAGAAGGAGAAGGCGGCAUGCGUGGCUCGUAGCUCGGAGGAGGUGUGCGACAGCCUCGUGGAGGAGACCCUGCAGGCUGAGAUCUCCGAGCUGGCCCGAGGGGUCCUCGAGGUGGAGCUGCAGCGCAUCCGAAAGUUCCUGAAGAGGUGGCGUGACGUGGUGGCGGUGCGCAGGCAGUUGAAGAGGCAGAUGCGUGGGUUCCCCGCCGCCCCCUGCUGUGUGGACCCGCGUUUCAAACUCAAGGCCCUGGUGCCCAGCGCCCCCUCCUCUCCCUGCCUGGACCAGCUGGCCCGGGGCGUGGUCAACCUGGGCAACGCGGGCAACAUGGCAGUGUCCUGCACCAGAUUACUGAAAAUGAGACAAGAAGCAAUCCACCAGAUGAGAGUACAACACUACUAUCAGCUGUUACUGAGUGAGUCAGUGUGGACACCCCUGGACCUGCCCACCCUGGUGGUGGAGAACGUUUCAAACCCAACAAACAGAAUCUUCUGGAAGGCUGCUCUCCUAUUGCCCAGCAACCAAGAGAGUGACAUGAACAUCUCAAACAGGAUUUUAACAGAAUGGCUGGAAGCCAAGUUCAGUGGGGAGGAGAAGUCAUGUGACCCAGGCGCAGAGCCAGAUGGGAAAAUGCUGACUCUGUCCAUCAGCAAUGGGCUCAGGAGCCUUGGGUCCAGGACUCACAAAGUUCACGUGUGUAUUAAGGUGACCCGUGGGCCCCUGAGCGAGGAGGGCCAGUGUCUCCUGGAGAAGCAGAAGGAGGUGCUGGGCACCGGGGGCCUCCUGCUGCUGCUGCCGUCGGCGCCGGGCUCCGGGGACGACAGGGACGCAGAGGCGGAGGAGGUGCUGCUGCUCUCCGCCCUGCUGCAGCUCCGCCAGCUCCAGCAGGCUAGCGCCGGGAUGCCCGCCCUCCCCCUGGUGGUGGUGGUGCCCGAACCGAGCGAGCGGCCAAUCAGCGACGAGAAACUGGAGGGAGAUCUGAGGCUCCAGACUCUAGUUGAGGACGGGGUAAUUUCAGAAUACAUGUUCGUUCACAUCCCUGAGACCACCAAUGACCUGCAGGUUUCUGAACAGGUCACCCAGGCGGUAAGGUGGCUUGUAGCCCGUUCACCUGCCCCGGCUGACCUCACCUCUCAGACUCUGGUCCAGUUUGUGGAGGGUGGGCUGUGCCGCGAGUUCAGCGCCAGGCUGUACCAGGACAGGCGGGACAGGGAGGGGGCGGGGCUGCCCUGCCAGGAGCCGGCCCCCGUCAUCCACCUCUACAACAGCGUGCUGGGCUUCCUGGCCGACCUGGUUUCCUCCGACCGCCUCUCCGGCCUCUCCUGGCCCGUGGCUGAGUUCUCUGUCCCUGAGACCCGCGACCUCCUGCCCCACCUGGACUGGAACUCCCCCGAGCACCUGGCCUGGCUCCGCAGGGCCGUCCUGAGCCUGCAGAUCCCUGAAUGGGACCUGCCCCCCACCUCAGCUCCCUGGCCGAGGCUGUGCUCCUCCAUCUUCCAGUACGCUUCCCAGAUCCCCUCAUCCCGCCACAGUCAGCCCCUCCUCAUGUCCCGCCUGGAGAACCUGCUGGGGCGAGUGCUCUCACACUACCGCCAGGGGGUGGCCGUGGCCCCGGACGACAGCGAGGAUGAGGAAGAAGGCAAAGGAGGGCCGUCCUUUAGCCAGGUGCCCUGGGACGAGAUUGUGGCCCUCUGUAUAGACCACCGACUGAAGGACUGGCAGCCCCCAGAAUCCCCUGCUGCUGAGGACGCCGUCAUGGAGGAUGGGGAGAUCCUGGUGUACUUUCAGAAGGAGAGGCUGAAGGACUUUGAGCCUCCCCCCAGCUGGACUGAGGCCGUGAAUCGCACACACAGGGAAAAGCAGCAGGAGGCAGACGGGAGUACGCCGAGCCUGGGGCGAGGUCUCCCGCCCACCCCUGCCCCACUGCGUCUCAGACAGAAGCUCUUCCACAGCAUGGGAGAGAGCCUGGAGACCCCUGCUGCGCUGGACAUCACCCACACCCCUUCCCCCAAAGACCUGCUCCCCCAGCGCGUCCUCGCUGGCCUCGAGGAGGAGAAGGCCCAGAGCCAGAGGUUUGAGGAGCAGCUACAGCGUUGGUUAGAAAAAGACCCCCUGGAGUCCUUCUCCAUGCCUGCCUUCAUGCCCUCCUCCCUGAUCUCUGUGCCCGAAAUGAUGGCACCUACACCCAAAACUGCCACUGCCAACACUACACUCGCUCAGCAGGCUGAUAAUGAUACCCAUGGAGACAAACUUGACAGUAAUUGGCUGAGAUCUGCUCCGAUGUCCGUGGCACAGCGUCUGAAAGAGCUGGACAGACUGAUCUUAGCCAGCCGCGGGGAGGAGCUAGCGUGCGGACUCCACCUGAACAGCCUGCUGGACAUUGUGGAGGACUGAGCAGCUUUUUGGCGCCCCUUCUCUCUUCUGCAGUGCGCAAAUGGACGUCUCAUGCGGGGUUGCAGCUGUGACUAGAAUGUUCCAUGGGCAGCAGAGAAUGUUCCACAGACAGCAGACAUUAUUUUUUAAAUCAUCUGCUGCUCAUGAUGAAACCAAGCUGGAAUGAGGGCGGGGUUGAGUACUGUUGAUCAAGGAUCAUUGCAGGGUCUUCUAAAAAGUAUUUUAUUAAUUCAGAUCUUAAUGGAGCAGAGCUGUAAUAAAAUUUCUUUAUUACUGUUCAUAAUCCACUAUGUUUAUAGUGGAAAGGGCAGUAUAUGUGUAUUUUUUUUAAAUUUCAUUAUGAAAGUGUGAAAUAAUGGAAUGCAUAAAUUACUGGUGUCUAAGAAUAAUUACCUGCCCUCCCAUGAGAUAUAAAUAUAUAGAGCUUGAAGGCCUGCUGAAGUCCAGCAGGAUGUUUCAUGGACCUGCUUCAGUAUUAGGAUAAAGGUUUUCAUUUUUCGACAAACCUGUUGCCUGUGAAAUGAUCACAUUUCUGAUUAUU